AUGGGGCUCAGCUGCUUCAAGUCCUGGAAACACGACGCAGCAGGACACAAAGGUAACAGGGACGUGCUGGCCAGCCCCGGCUCCUAUUUCUUCUUAUCCAACAGCUCAGGUCAGGGUGACGAGUGGCUGAAGAGCCUCAACAAGGGGGUCUGGAUCCCUUUCACAGGGGUCUUUGGGCAGCGUCUGGAGGAGACCGUCCUGUACGAGCGUCGGUAUGGGAUGCGUCUGGUUCCUCUGGUGGUGGAGCAGUGUGUGACCUUCAUCCUGGACCGUGGCCUGCAUGAGGUGGGCUUGUUUCGCCAGCCUGGACGAACCAGUCUGGUGAAAGAGCUGCAAGAAGCCUUUGAUUCAGGAGAAAGGCCAUCUUUUGACAAUGGCACAGAUGUCCACACAGUGGCAUCACUGCUGAAGCUCUACCUCAGACAGCUGCCGGAGCCUCUGGUUCCUUACUGCCAAUACCAGGACUUCCUACUCUGCACUCAGAAGUUGUCUAAAGACCAUACUUUGGGUCUACUGGAGUUGAGGAAUCUUCUUCACGAUUUACCAGUGGCAAACUUCAAUCUGCUCAGUUUUAUCUGCCAGUUUCUGAAUGAGGUCCAGAGUCACUCCAGCAGUAAUAAGAUGACUGUCCAGAAUUUAGCCACUGUUUUUGGGCCAAACAUCCUCCGGGCCAAAGCUGAAGACCCACAAAGCAUCAUGGGAGGUGCAGCUCUGGUCCAGGUUCUGAUGUUAGAACUGAUCAGGGAACACGAGUCUCUUUUUGCCAAAGCCCCUCCACCGAUCUACGCUCAUCCAUCUAGAAGUUUGAAUGCAUCCCCCCUGAAGAAGGCUCACCUUCAGCCAUCGACCUGCCUUCGCCAGCUGUCUUUGCCUCUGAUCGCGGACCACUCAUCCGAGCCAGAACCAGCAGCACAUGCAGAUGUCCUCAGCAGUGUUUCCGCUGCUGGACCAUCAGACUUGUCCUCUGGCCAGAAGAGGCAGCUCGGUCAUCGCUACACCUCCUCCCACCCUGGGAACUGCUUCUACCGCCUUUGCUCCUCAAAUGACUCCAUUCAGCCCCACACAGACAGACCCGGUGGAGACUAUUACCAUGGAUCAACUCCUCCAAAUGCUUCUGCAGCCAACCUUCAGCUACAGGACAGUCUCAAAACUGUGAUGCUGACGGGAGGAGCCAAAGCAUGGCCAAACCCAGAAAAGACAGCGUUCUGGAGCUGUAGAGGUGCAGGAAAAGCUGGUUUGGUGACAGAAACUGCCAGUGGAGGUAGCAGUGAGCCACAGGAGGACGGCACACCUUCUCCUUACGACAACCUGGAUCAGGCAUCUCUGUGUCAGACAGUGAAGGAUGUUCCUGUUGGAAAGUUUGACUCUAACUCUGCAAGAAGUCACAAUGAAACCUGUGACUCAGAGGCAGAGCAGGCAGGAGAAUCGUCAUCGUCAUGGUCUUCCUGUGAGGUUCUACCACUGGACGAGGGGGGUGAUGAUGUGGGGGCAGAUAAUCUUGAGAACCCAACAAAGACACCAGAAAGGUUGCCUUCAAGACAGGAAGUAGAACAAGAACAUGUUGAUAAAAAUAAACGUGAAGACAAUCAUGACUACAACAUACAACACCCAAACUCCUGGGCUUCCUGUUCCGUGCUCAGUGUCAGCCCUCUAAGUACAGGAAGUUCAGAGGUCUUCCUCCCCUCUGGUCCUCCAGAUCUCAAAGGACCAGAGCUUAACUCUGAAACUCGAAACAACCAUUCAGCGGUGGUGAAAAUGCGGCAGCAAAUGGCCCAGCAGAAGGUCGAGUACCAAAGGAAAAUAGAAAGGUUGGAGCGAUGCAACGACGUUCUCGAGAGGCAGGUCGCGGUUUUACGGCUCAGUCUGGAGCAGCACAGGCGGAGCCAGAGCGUCGCCGAGAUCAAGAUUCGAAACAUGGAGAGAGCCAAAGCAGACGCCGACCGCAGAAACACCCAUCUGCAGAAAGAGAUGGAGCUCUUCUUCCGAAUGCACGGAGAAAUCAGUAAAAGAGGAGGAAACACAGGAGGAAGAGGAGGAGGAAGUAUCUGA